AACAGAGGAGAUGCAUCCCUGCAAGGAAUAAGCCAACAGUCUCCAGUUUCUGGACUGCAACCCAGCAAAACAAGAUGCUUAUGAAUUAUGCAUGACUGUGAGCUGCAACAAUCCAUUUAUUCUUUCUGUUCCCAACGACUGUAUGAAUCGUCAGAUGCAGAAGGAAAAGGAAGUUGUUCCAGAUUGCAGUUCUACCACCAGCUUGGAAAAUAGUCUGGCUAAACAAGAACAUGAAUCCCCUUUGACUCAAGGGGGCAAGCAUAACCUAGGAUUAAGGGGGAAAAUCUCCCCCAAACCUUUAAUAUGGAGGACACCUCAAACAGUCCGUAGAAGUUGUAAUGCAAGCUUUAAAUCUCCUGUUCUUUCUCCAAGGAGCUGCCCGCCUGCUGAUAAGGACAUUUUGCAGCACGAAAUUGAAGAGCUAAAACGCAAGGAACUUGCUGUAGAUCAGGAAAUAGCACAGAUCAAGACCGAAGGAUACAGCCUGGAGGAACUGGAAAAUCACAUUACUCUGCUCCAUGAAUACAACGAGAUCAAAGACGCUGGACAAAUGCUUUUAGGUAGAUUGGCUGCGAUCAGGGGCGUCACCACCAAAGACCUCUACCCCGAAUUUGACCUGGACCUUAAUGAUUAGGAGGAAUGUAAAACAUUGACACACCACCUAGACAGCGGAAAUAUAAUACGUGGUAAAAAGGCAACCACUGUAAGUUCAUUAUUCCCCCAGAAAUGUUAACGAAACUAUAGCUUUAAUUUGGGGGUGGCAAAAAAAAAACCAACCCAUUUAAU